AUGGCGUCCGAUGCCAGAUCUCGACCCGCCGUACCACGCGACCGUUCAGCCUUCCAAUACAUUGCGUCCAAGCCACCGAUCUCAUACUUUAUCCUUCUCCAGAGCAUCGUAUCCUUGACCGCCGUUUUCCCAAACUCGGGAUUUUAUUGCCAUCUGGGAUUGGGGAUCUAUAAAAAUUGA